AUGGCACCCUCCUACAAUGCAAUUAAGCACAAUUGGCGCCUAUUUACUCCCACGGAGAGGCGCAAUAUAGCCAUUUAUAUUCUGGGGAUUAUGAUGUACAAGUUUGGUCUGGAGGCAUUCAAUGGAUCUAUCGUGACUCUCGCAACUAAUCGCUACGAUAACGAUGCCUGGGUUUCCGACACCACGCCCAAAACUUUCCAACGAGUUGGACUCAUGGUGGGUCUAAAUCAGGCCUGUCAGUGUGUCGGGUCUAUCCUGAUCGCCCCGCUUAUUCGGAGGUUCCCUUCCCGACUCGUUUUGGCGGGUGCCGUGCUCGUCUUUGGCCUUCUCAGCGCUAUACUUCUCAUUAUCGAUGCUAGCACAGGUGGUAGAUUUUGCCCGCCAGCCUUCCGCAAAAAGCACCCUGAACAUGAUUUUCAUUAUUACGGCGACUAUAAUACCGAUGGUAUCAUCCCCGUCUACUGCGUUGCUGGGAUCGCUUAUGGGAUGGUGGAAUUGAUUCGCCGUGUUAUUCCUCGUGACCUUGUCGGCGGAAAUGUCCAGAAAUUGCGCCAGUUAGAUGCUGUGGUGCAUAUAUUCUACGAAGUGGCUGGGACUGGUGGUGCUUUCUGCACCGCUUUGGCUCUUAUCCCGUACUUCGGAAAUAACUACUCUUUUCUCAUUACGCCCAUUUGCUUUGCGCUGGCGGCCGUUGGCUGGUUCUUCCUCACAGAUCAUGGGUUCCAAAGUCAACGGACCGAGGUCCUUGAAGAUCAACCGCCAUAUAUCCAGGCCGUUGUCGUUGGAUUCUGGCUCUUCUUGGAGUCCAUUUGGACCGGCGCCAGACUACUUUUUUCCUCUCGAAAGUUCCUCUGGCUGCUGCCCGGGUACUCAAUCGCCUUAUAUGCCCAUCGGUAUCUCGAGAACAGUAUAGCUCCCGCUAUUGCCCGUCGCUAUCUCGGAAACGCAGCUUGGUCGCAGAUUAUAGUUGGUGGCUCGAACCUGGGCGAGCUUUUUGGCGCGCUGUUUGUGAUCCUUUUUACUGACACAGUGGCAACGCCGAUCCCCUGGCUUCGACUGGAUGCAAUCCUGCUCCUCAUAACAUGGUAUUUGCCAUACUGGCGGCCUGAGCAACACAAUGUUUCGAUGGCCUGGAUUGCUGCCGCCACAUUUCUACCGAUCUCUUUCGGCUGGGCUGCUGGCGACGUAUCGCUAGCAGCUUAUAUACAAGCGUCACUUGCGCGAGUUGAAUCGAAAACCAUGAAUGUCUCCUCUCUAGGUGCCGUCAUGGCUUUCCUUUACUCCACAUACAUCGUUCUUUACGCAAUCACCUCUCCUAUACUUGGCAGUUAUAUCGAUCACGUCUAUGAGAAAACAGGGGGAACAGAUGGCAAUGGUAAUAUUUUUGAAGCAAUCCGGAAUGUAGGUAGCGUGCAGUUUACCGUGGUUGCAGCUUUGGUACUGGCAGCCACCUUUGUGCCAAGGGGAUCUCUGUCUCUAAAUCCCAAAAUGCUUGACGAUGAAAACCUGGAGCACGAAUUACCGGGCCUCGCGCAACUCUCUUCGAAAGAGGAGUUGAAUUGA